AAACCAACUAACCCGACGAACUAUCAAUCCUGCUGCACUAGCAUCCACCCAGACACCAAACCAAUCCACUACUGGAAUCGCCGACUCAAGCAUCGAAUCAGUUCGAUUCACCACUGGAGUCGUUGAUAGCAAGACGCCUACAGCAUCAAAGUCAUCGCCAGAACUUGCCAUGUAGUCAUCUGUUUCGAAGUCAUCGCUUGGAGUUUAUGGUCAUUUGGCUUUGACUUACCUCUCAAACGCCGUACUUUAAUCUUCAAUAGUCACGUCCUUAAUUUCAUCGGCUCGCCAGUGUUACUCCUCUAGAGCAAAACCAAAAGAUCUAAUAUCCAAUCCGGUAACACUUUCUCCACGUAAACGUUCACUGUUUUAGAGCUUUAACUAUUAGUGGUCUUGACCAUAGACCAUAGAAGAUAAUUCCUCCCCCCCCCCCCCCCCCCUCCCCCAACACACACACACACAAUAUCUCCUUGGUCUUCCCUUCGUCAACCCAUUACGUGUCUUUCUUUUGUUACCCUUUUCUCUCCAUAUAACGUUCUCACUUACCUCUCUGGCUCUGAGGCAAAUGGCUUCAACUUUUAACUAUUUUUUCAAGAAUUGGAAAUGGCGGAAGGGAUUAAAUUGUAAUUUUACAUGAGCUGGCGGGAAUUUCUUAAGAGGGGUUUUAGUAAUAUCGCCAUCCGCGAACUUUCAUUAAGGAAUUAUUUUCUAUUCCUUGGAUCAUUCCCUGGAUUAUGAGAAGAGAAAUAGUUUUAUUUAGUAGUCAUAAAUUAAAUUAGAUUCAGGUUGUUUGACCUGGAUAGCUGUUAACACUUCAUGUGUAAAUUUCUGCUAUAUAUUUACACUUCCAAAGGAAUAGCUGGGAGAACAGGAACGAAUCCAUGGGUCUAUCAGCAGUUGGUGACACAAUCAGCUCUCCUCUCAGAUUUCUGUACAUAGAUUAUCUAUUACAAGAAUAACCUUCUUUUGCCACCAGCUUUGAGCUGUUCUUUUGUGACCAGGUGAUUACUACGAGUAUAGCCAUGAUUCUCAGGGUAAUUGUAUUGGGACUAAUAUGUCAGUAAUUCUACCUCAGGAUCCUUCCACUUCAAAGCAUGGCCCCUCGACCUCUCCGCUUAAGCUCCAAAACAGCACCUUGGAGGCUUCUUUUUAUUAUACUUCUGGUUAUUGUGCCAAUUUGUGUUAUUGGAAUCUUCACAUAUGCCCAGAAACUAUCCUAUUUUUUUCGUCCACUUUGGGAUAAUCGCCCUCCUCCUUUCAAGCGCCUACCUCACUUUUAUGCGGAGAAUGUCUCAAUGGAACGUCUUUGCAGUCUUCAUGGCUGGUCCCUACUCACUGAACCUCGUCGUGUCUUUGAUGGCAUCAUCUUCAGCAAUGAACUAGACAUUCUUGAGAUCAGAUGGCGUGAGCUUCAUCCCUACAUCACUAAAUUUGUGCUCCUGGAGUCCAAUACCACUUUCACAGGCAUUCCUAAACCACUCAUCUUUGCCUCAAACCAGGAGCAAUUUGCCUUUGCUAAGGACAAGAUCAUCCAUGGUGUAUUUUCAGGUCGUACUGCUGGCCGCAGGUCACAUGAAGAUCCUUUUGUACUCGAGUCAGAGCAGCGGGCAGCUAUGAAUAGUUUGCUUCUUCAAGCAGGGAUAUCAAAUGGUGACUUACUUAUUAUGUCAGACACUGAUGAAAUUCCAAGCCCUCACACUGUGAAACUGCUACAAUGGUGCGAUGGAAUACCACCAGUCUUGCAUCUAGAGUUGAAGCAUUACAUGUACUCAUUUGAAUUCCCAGUAGACUACAGUAGCUGGCGUGCCACGAUCCAUACUUAUGGCCCUUGGACCCGAUACCGGCAUUCACGUCAAACCGACCUUAUAUUUUCUGAUGCUGGAUGGCAUUGUAGCUUUUGUUUUCGACGACUUCAGGAAAUUGUGUUCAAGAUGACUGCUUAUAGUCAUGCAGAUAGAGUGAGGAGAAAAGAUUAUCUAAAUUACUCUAGGAUUCAGAAACUCAUUUGCAGUGGAGAUGAUCUGUUUGAUAUGCUUCCAGAGGAGUACACUUUUCAGGAGUUGAUUAAGAAGAUGGGUUCAAUACCUCAUUCAGCUUCUGCUGUUCAUCUUCCUGCAUAUCUGAUACAGAAUGCUGAUAAGUUUAGGUUUCUUCUUCCUGGGGGCUGUUUACGAUCGCCGGAAUGAAGGUUUCUGAUGCGCCCUAAACAAUAAGCCGAAAAAAAAAAAAGAUUAGUGCAAUACUAGCUUUGUCUUGCUUUAUUUUCCAUUUUAGUCUUAGAAGUGCAUAAUUUAUAGGGGAUACAAAGGCUGUAUCACCCACAUAUCAUGUAUUAGAAGUUACAAGAUUAUUCAGUUUACGUGUAAUACACGUCUUCCAUUAAUAUUGAGUUGGAGCAGUUGUUGAGCGA